AUAUGGUUUGCUGUAAUGGCUUACUAAUUUACAUUUCCAUCAACAAUACACAAGUGAUCUAUGAAAUAAUCACUAGAGGAAUAAGUAGUUGAAACUGCUAAUUUAAGCAUGUGGAUCUAUAAGUCAGAAAUGAAAACAGCUAUGAAAAAAGACUCAGGAACAGUAAAUUGAAGAGGUAGGGAAAAGCAAUUAGGAAUCAAGUGGCAAUUAUAUCUCUGUAGGUAGGGAGCUUUUCCCUGCUUCAAUUAGGAUAAUACGUGACAUCUGUUAGAUUCUGAAAUAAAUGGAGAAGCCGGAUGAACCUGAACCAGCCUGAUUAGGAAAAAGAAGGGGCUAAUGAUGGUGGAACGCAAAAUAAGAGCACAAACUGCAUGAGGAUUUUGCGCCUGCACACCUGAUAAGCAAAUGGAACGCUUUGUCCGAGUUCCCUGUGUCUGGUACCAGGGCUAUGGAAACACACUGCCAUUGGGUCAGCCUGGACUCUCGAGGCACAAUCAGGCCAACUGGAGGCAGCAUACGGGUUCCCCCACUUUCCUGGCCAGGCCAGGGCUGCUGGUGCCAGCAAAUGCCUCUGAAUACUGCACGGACCCUUACAGGAGGGCACACUUUAAAGCCAUUCUCACCCAGAUGAAUCCCAACCUGAGUCUACGGCUGUGCAAGGCCAGCACCAAGGAGGUGGGUGUACAGGUGAGCCUGCGGGUGGACAGGUCUGUGCAGUGCUCGCUGGGGCCUCAAACUCUGCACAGCUACAGCUCAUGGAACAACACUGGCCACAGGGAACCCAUUACAGCCUGGGGAGUCAAUUCACCAGUGAUUGGCCGUAGGAGCCUGAUCCAGUUAAGGAAGGAUAGGGAAGAUGGCAAAAACAAGGUGCUUUCAGGCCCUGCAGAAGCCAGCCAGCAGCCGCCACCAAUGCCAAGGUCAGAAGAUGAAAGGCAGGAGGAACUGCCUCAGUCUAAGGAGUUGGUGGAGGAAGACGUCAAGUGUCUUAGUGAAAGGAAGCGCAAGCGGGUACAAGGAGAUGCAGCUGGCUGUCCACUUCAGAAGCCCAACUUCCAGUUUUUGGAACCAAAAUAUGGCUAUUUUCACUGUAAAGAUUGUAAGACCAGAUGGGAGAGUGCAUAUGUGUGGUGCAUUUCUGGAACUAAUAAAGUUUAUUUCAAACAACUCUGUUGCAAAUGCCAAAAGAGUUUUAACCCUUAUCGAGUAGAAGCAAUCCAAUGUCAGAUCUAUGAAGGAAGGAAAAGGUAAAGAGCAACAGCCAAGAAAAGCCACAAGCUCCACAUCUAGAAAAUCGAAGUCUCUAAAGACUCUGAACUGCUGCUCGCUGUUGGUGUCAUCC